AUGUCAUUUACACCAUCUCCAGGCAUGGCAACCACACCUACAAUGUCUGCAACAGAGAGUCCUCCACUUCAGUAUAUGUCAGAAGAUGGAGACAGCAUUGACAGAAGUGAAACCAUGAAUAUGUCCCAGCUUGAACCCUUACCUCCUGUUGAUGCCCAACCAGUGAUGUACUGUGAACCAGCCUUUUGGUGCUCUAUUAGUUACUAUGAACUCAAUACUCGUGUUGGUGAAACUUUUCAUGCUUCACAGCCUUCUAUAACAGUAGAUGGUUUCACAGACCCAAGCAAUUCAGAACGAUUUUGUCUUGGGCUGUUGUCAAAUGUUAAUCGUAAUGCAGUUGUGGAACAAACGAGACGUCAUAUAGGGAAAGGUGUUCGUUUGUACUACAUUGGUGGUGAAGUGUUUGCUGAGUGUCUAAGUGAUUCAUCCAUUUUUGUACAAUCACCUAACUGCAAUCAGCGGUAUGGGUGGCAUCCUGCUACAGUCUGCAAGAUACCACCUGGCUGUAACUUAAAAAUCUUCAACAAUCAGGAGUUUGCAGUGCUGCUGUCCCAGUCGGUGAGCCAAGGGUUUGAGGCUGUGUAUCAGCUAACUCGUAUGUGCACAAUUCGAAUGAGUUUUGUCAAAGGUUGGGGAGCAGAAUAUCGCCGUCAGACUGUCACAUCUACUCCUUGUUGGAUUGAACUUCAUCUGAAUGGUCCACUUCAGUGGUUAGACAGAGUUCUUACACAGAUGGGCUCACCAAGAUUACCUUGCAGCUCAAUGUCCUAA